GAAGUGCCCUCAAACUGGACCCUUAAUUUUAGUUUUCUUUUUUUAUAUGAGUUAGAAACAGGGGUCAGCAUAGCCUUCCCUUGGUGCUUCAGCAUUAAAAACUUGUUGAUUUAUUAAAUCAAGGUUGGCUUAGACUUUAACAUAGUAGGCCUACGUGGGGGCUGGAGGGGAGAUUUUAGUUAGGGUGGGGGCGAGCAAGUAACACAUUAAAGAAAGGCAAAACAAUACCUGAUACCUGGAAUACUUUGUUUCACUUUAGGUCAUUUUAUGUCACGAGUACGUGAGAAGAUGCAGAUGGACAUAGACAGCAGUUCUGGUGAUGAUGAUACCAAUGCCCAGGCGGUCAAGAAGGCAAAGGUGACCGGGUCGAAACAGAAACAGAAAGGUGCAGCCAUGUACCACUCAUCGUUCAAACAGGAGUGGUCAAAAUUGUGGCCAUUUAUAACGAUGGGGGCCACAGUAGGUUACUUUAGAUGCAGUGUCUGUAUGCAGGAGUGUUCCUGUCGGCAUCAAGGGAUCAGUGAUGUAAAGCGCCACAUAAAAAGUAAGGGUCACAAAGAGAGGGAGACCCUACGAAAAACUAACCAAAGUCUUUUCACGCAUAUGUGUAGCAGGGAAAUGUCAAGUGCGGAGACCAAGGCAAGUAUCAAGUAAUAUAUGAUUGAUGGUAUUUUUAUUCACCAUUUCAUUCUGGCAUCAAUUAUUACUCGUGGCAAUAAAUUAAUCCUAAUAAUCCUGAAGAAUUUUGAGUCUUGUCAGUUUGGGGAGGGGGAACAUUAUAGCGCAAUGACACAAUCAAAAUGGAAUAGAGAGCACAAAUUUUUCCACACUCAAUUGGUUUUAAAUGGUUUGAUGCCUUACAAAAUAAAUAUGCAGAAAUAUAAAUGAAAUAAAAAUGGUUUAUUGUGAUAGGUGAUAAGUUGUUGAUUGCAAUUUCCCAAAAUGAUAUGCAAAGAAGAAUUUUUGUUUAAUUGCACUGAUAGUGUGUAACAAUUACAAAUAUAUGUAUUUAUUUAGUUAUUUAUAUAUCUCUUUCCAGAUCCGCAGAGCAGAAGUCAAAAUGGCCAUGUCAAUAGUGGAGCACAACAUACCGCUGGCCUUCUCGGAUCACCUGAGCCCACUUAUGAAAGAGUGUUUUCCAGACUCCCCCACGGCCGCAGGGUACCGGUCGGCACGGACUAAGACUACAUGCAUUGUUAACGGCGCACUUGCUCCAUACUUCCAUCAUCAGCUGGUAAAGCAGCUACGAGAGCAGCCGUUCUCCCUGUCGACAGAUGGUUCAAAUGACACUGGCUUGGAAAAGAUGAACCCUAUGACUGUCAAACUUUUUGACAUUAAUCAAGGAGUAGUGUACCGAUUUCUGGACAUGUGCACAACAAGUGGCUCAGCUGCGGCGACAGCACAAACUAUCUUCAGUAAGAUGGACGAGGUGUUCUCAUCGGAGGAGAUUCCUUGGCAUAAUUGUAUUGCCCUGUCUCUUGACAAUGCGAGUGUCAACAUGGGAGUAAGGAAUUCCAUUAAAUCCAGAGUGCUGCACGUUAACCCCGAUGUUUACGUCCAUGGCUGUCCAGCACACAUGGUCCAUAACAACGCACAAGCGGCUGGAAAUGCCUAUGCAAAGGUAAUUAUUAUUCUUUUCUUUUCUUUAAUUUUUUUUACUUGAUAUGAAAAUACAAUGAGUGUGACAUGUGUAAACGUAUCAUCUGAAUUAUAUCCACAACACAAUAUUUCAAUUCAAUUCUGUUUGCUCUUUUUAAAAGAGCAAACAGAAUAUAAGUUACAGUAAUAAACAUUUGCCAAAAAAUUAAACAACUUUAGAUUUAAUUACAAUGACAUGAAUGUAUCAUGUUAAAAUGAUUAAGAUUAAACACACACGAGUCAUUAUAUGAAUUGAUUUCUACUUAUUGCUAUUUUGCAGGUGACAAACUUUGAAGUGGAAGAUAUGGCAGUAGAUCUAGUCUAUUGGUUCAAGGGAAGCAUGAAGAGGAAGGCUGGACUUGAGGAAUUUUGCCAGUUUUGUGACACCCAGUACUUGGAGGUCAUAAACUAUGUUCAAACAAGAUGGCUGAGUCUUGAAAAGGCAGUUGAUCGGACCUUGAAACUCUACACUUCACUGGCAAGCUACUUUAAAUCGAACAAUGAUAGCCAGGCUCGCUUCAAGCGGCUACAACAACUGUUCUCUGACCCAAUGACGGAGCUUCACCUGAUGUUCUACCAGGCAACCUUGCCAGCGUUUACAAAUUUCAACCUUCUGCUCCAACGGCAAAGCUCCACCGUACAUCUUUUGCACAAACAGAUGCAUCUGUACAUCCGGAAGCUUAUGAGCAAGUUCAUUAAACCUGAGAAAAUCAAGGACGUCAGGGUGUCAGACAUCCAGUACCAAUCACAGGAGAUCCAGCUACCUGAUAGCAAGCUAACUAUUGGCUUCACCACUCGCGUAACAUUGAACCGGCUGCUGGAAGGUGGAGACAUCAGUCAAACACAGGUAAAAAAGUUCUUUGCUGGUGUUAGGGGCUUCUUCUGUGAGGCAGUUUCGUACGCCCUCUCACGUCUCCCCCUUGAUGAGCCGGUCCUGCAACAUGCUACCUUCGUUGACUGGCACCAGAAGAUGGAAGCAUCAAUUGAUGAUGUGCUCUUCUUUGUAGACAGGUACAAGCACCUACUGCCCUUUGAUAGUCCACAAGAUCAGGACAAGAUGCAGGAAGAGUUUACAGACUAUCAGAUGAUGGAUGAUCAUGAGGUGUCUUCCAGACAGUGGAAGGAGAUCAAAGAUGCAGAAGAUGCAGAAGGUGAAUUUCUUCAAACUGACAAGCUGUGGGUCCACCUGUCUUCGCUGAAGAACGAGGUAACUGGACGGCCAAAGUUUUUGAGGCUCAUUAAGGUGACUCAACUGGUGCUCUGUCUUCCCCACAGCAAUGCUGAUGCUGAGCGGGUUUUUUCUUCCAUCGGUCUAAACAAGACAGACACCAGGAAUUCCCUCCAUGGAACGCUCAGCUCCAUCAUGACGAUCAAGAUGGCAGCAUCGGAGCCCUGUUUCAAGUUUGAGCCACCAGCAGAGGUACUGAUGGCGUCGCGGAGAGCAACCUCCAGUUACAACAAAGCCCAUUAGAUUAAUUUAACUGGAUGAGAGGUAGGGAAAAGGCUUUGCUAAUUGACACCCAGUAUGGACAGCCAUCAUAAUGACCACUUGUUCUAGUAUCGUCUUGGGGAGUAGCAGAUAAUCACAGGCUGAUGGCGUCGCAGAGAGCAACCUCCAGUUACAACAAAGCCCAUUAGAUUAAUUUAAGUGGAUAUGAGAGGUAGGGAAAUGGCUUUGCUAAUUGACACCCAGUAUGGACAGCCAUCAUAAUGACCACUUGUUCUAGUAUUGUCUUUGGGAGCAGCAGAUAAUCACAGGUUGAGGUUUCACUGCUAUUAUAAAGAGAGUUGAUAUGGAAUAAUGCACUUAAAAAUGUGGAUUUUUUUCAAGGUAAGUGAACUUCAUUAAAAAU